CCUGCCCACUCAGGUUGAUGGCAGCGGCAGCUGGGACUGCAGCGAACCGCGGCCCUGGAGAGCCUCAGGCAGCGACCGGAGCGCGCAGCCUGUCAUCGGGCCCCAGACGCGGUGGACACCCAGAGAGACAGUUCCGGCGACCUGUCGCCUUCCUCAGCCCCCGGCGAACCACGGCCUGUUUGGCAGAGGAGUCGCAGCGUGAGCACCCCGCAGCCCGGCUUAGGACCAGCUCACAGGACUAAGGACCAAAAGCACUCUGGGCACUGAGAUCCUCCAUCUCUGCCCCAGCCAUGAGCCGGCGUGUGGUUCGGCAGAGCAAGUUCCGCCAUGUGUUUGGGCAGGCAGCGAAGGCUGACCAGGCCUAUGAGGACAUCCGUGUGUCCAAGGUCACAUGGGACAGCUCCUUCUGUGCUGUCAACCCCAAAUUCUUGGCCAUUAUCGUGGAGGCUGGAGGUGGAGGUGCUUUUAUCGUCCUGCCUCUGGCCAAGACAGGACGAGUGGAUAAGAACUACCCACUGGUCACUGGGCACACUGCCCCUGUGUUGGAUAUAGACUGGUGCCCACACAAUGACAACGUCAUCGCCAGUGCCUCAGAUGACACCACCAUCAUGGUGUGGCAGAUUCCAGACUAUACCCCUGUGCGCAACAUCACGGAACCUAUCAUCACACUCGAGGGCCACUCCAAGCGUGUGGGCAUUCUCUCCUGGCACCCUACUGCCAGGAACGUCCUGCUUAGUGCAGGUGGUGAUAAUGUGAUCAUCAUCUGGAAUGUGGGCACUGGGGAGGUGCUGCUGAGCCUGGAUGACAUGCACCCAGAUGUCAUACACAGUGUGUGCUGGAAUAGCAAUGGUAGCCUGUUAGCCACCACCUGCAAGGACAAGACCCUGCGCAUCAUCGAUCCCCGAAAGGGUCAAGUAGUGGCGGAGAGGUUUGCAGCCCACGAGGGGAUGAGGCCCAUGCGGGCUGUCUUCACGCGCCAGGGUCAUAUCUUCACUACGGGAUUCACCCGCAUGAGCCAGCGAGAGCUGGGCCUGUGGGACCCGAACAACUUCGAGGAGCCAGUGGCACUGCAGGAGAUGGACACCAGCAACGGAGUCCUACUGCCGUUCUAUGAUCCCGACUCCAGCAUCGUCUACCUAUGUGGCAAGGGAGACAGCAGCAUUCGGUACUUUGAAAUUACGGACGAACCACCUUUCGUGCACUACCUGAAUACGUUCAGCAGCAAAGAGCCGCAACGGGGCAUGGGUUUCAUGCCCAAACGGGGACUGGAUGUCAGCAAGUGCGAGAUCGCUCGGUUUUACAAGUUGCAUGAAAGAAAGUGUGAACCCAUCGUCAUGACUGUGCCCCGAAAGUCAGACCUGUUCCAAGAUGAUCUAUACCCGGAUACACCCGGCCCAGAGCCAGCCCUAGAAGCGGAUGAAUGGCUAUCUGGCCAGGACGCCGAACCCGUGCUCAUUUCGCUGAGGGACGGCUAUGUGCCCCCCAAGCACCGCGAACUCCGAGUCACCAAGCGCAACAUCCUGGACGUGCGCCCGUCCACCAGCCCCCGACGCAGCCAGUCAGCCAGCGACGCCCCUUUGGCGCAGCAACACACCCUAGAGACGCUGCUGGAAGAGAUUAAGUCCCUUCGCGAGCGGGUGCAGGCCCAGGAGCAGCGCAUCACGGCUUUGGAGAACAUGCUAUGCGAGCUGGUGGACGGCACGGACUAGACUAGCUUGCGGGGUGAAGUUCUGCGCUCCGCAGGCGGGACGGGGCGGGGCAAAUAGACUUGCCUUGCCAGUGCUCUAGGUUUGGGGCUCCGGACCCCGCCUCCCUGAGCUGGGACCAGGGAUUUGAUUGGGAAGGAAACUCCGCCCCUCGCAGGAGACCUGAACAAGUGGAGUGUAGGGGAGCCCGCGUCUGUCUUGCAGAGGGCCGGACUGUGGCUUGAUCCAGGACAGUAGGAGCUGGCCUAGGGAGGCUCAUGGUAAAGGAAGCCUCAGAAUGGUGCUGCAUGGUGAGGUGGUGUCUCCCUUUGUCCUUUGCCCAGGGCAGGGGAAGUGCUUAGUAUUAGCGCGAUGCUUAGGGAUACUGGAGAGCUUGGGCUUGAUCUCAGAUGGGUGGCAACUUGAAGUUUCUCCCCACACUGGCCCUUCUCCUAAUCGGCUCACUUGAUUCUACCACCCUGAUUGGUAAAACAGACGGACAGCACCCUAGUUCUGCAGACAAAGACACAACCCGUUGCCCACAGAGACCUACCCACUGGCAAUAUUCAGUCAAGGGCAGAGGGUUCUAUUUCCACCACCAGAGGGGAGGUUCCUCAAGACAGGCCCCUCUGGAAGAAAUCUCAGGAGAACUGGCAUAAGGAAGCAGGUUCAAAACACACACACAAACUGCUCCCAGCCCUCUGGAGAAUAAGACAUAAAGAAUGAAAUCUUUUACAAGUCCAAAUCUGGGCCUUCUGCAUGUCUGGGGGUAAGGAGAUGCACAGCCUCUGUGAAUUCCUAGGGAACCUAACAAAUGCAACCCCGGGCUCAGGACUAACCAGGGAACCUCUUACCCAGAGCCAUCCUCAUACUGAGGUUCAGCAGUACCCAAACCUCUACCCACUGUGGGUAUUCCUCCCCAGUAAAGUCAGGUAGGAAAAUCCUCCAGUUUGAAGCCUCUUUUAUUUGUGCCUCAGAAUCGGUCUGGUGCCCCUGGCAUCAGGGAAGGGAGUGGGAAUAACAGUUUCUCUUUGUUGCUUUA